AUUGGCCUCAGUCUUUCUGCUUCUAUUCUGUUUCAAAGUGCGAAGACGAGUCGCGAGAGAGAAAAGACCUAGGCGGGAGCUGUUGACGCUAGCUGGAUCGCCGUCAGUUAGGGUUUUUGAUCUGUUAUUUUGAUCGUCAAUCGAAUCCUAAGUUUUGUUUGGUUAAUGAGAAAAUGGACGGAUCAAGGACGUAGAAGACUAGAAGGAGUUUCAGCUUUCGCGGAUUCGAGACAGGAUUAUCUAUUGGAGGUUGAAUUCUUGAAAUCAAAGUUUCAGAGAGGAGAAUUCAUGGCUACUGAGAAGAGGUCUACUCUCAAUAAAGAACUUCUUUUCUUAAUCUUACAGUUUUGCAACGAUGAAGGAUAUAAAAGAACAGCUCAUAUGCUCGAGCGUGAAAGUGGAUGUUGCUUUGACAUGGAGUUUGUAGAAGACAUGGUGCUUACUGGAAAGUGGGACAAGGUUGAGAAAUAUCUUUCUGGUUUCACAAAUGUGGACAGCAAUAAGUAUUCGACCAAGAUUUAUUUUGAAAUCAGAAAGCAGAAUUUCCUUGAGGCGUUGGACAAUAAUGAUCGUGCAAAGGCUUUGGAUAUCCUGAUGAAGGACUUGAAAGUCUUUGCUCCAGGUAAUGAAGAGCUAUUCAGAGAGAUGACUCAGCUUUUAACAUUAGAUGAUUUCAGGGAACAUGAGUCGCUCUCUAUGUAUGGAGAUGUAGAAUCUUCAAGGAAAGUUUUGAUGGAUGAAAUUAAGAAACUUAUUGAGGCAAACCCCAACUUCCAUGGGAAAUUGAAAUUUCCAAGCAUCAAAAGCCAAAGGUUGCGACGUCUCAUUAAUCAAGGCCUGAACUGGCAGCACAUUCAAUGUAAAUAUCCUCAGCCAAAUCCCGAUGUAAAUACCCUCUUUGAGGAUCAUGUUUGUCAAUGGCAACAGAAUCGUUUGUUCAUGCAGUCAACUGAGAAUUUAGUGCCUUCUCAAGAUGCAUCAGUGCCAGAUUUCCCAGCCAGCUGGAUUUCUGGUCCAUCUGCUGUAACUCAUGCUGUUUCUAAUGAAGACAUGUAUCUCAGUGGUCCAAUAACACUAGCUACAACUUCAAAUAAUAUUGGGGAUUUACAUACUAUGUCUCAAAAAAGCCUAUUGGGAACUGAAGAUGAGGUUACGUCUGCUAUUCCGCAUCUUGGUCGAAAUCACAGCCCUUCACCCAACAUUUCUGAUGACUUGUCCAUUAUUUCCAUGAAUAAUGAAAUGUUACAAAAUAUUGUACCAGUCAGCCAUCCCGACUUGCCCAAGACUGUUGCACGGAUUUUGAAUGAGGAGAAUUCUCCAGUGAGCAUGGAAUUUCAUCCUGUAUAUCAGACUUUUCUACUAGUUGGAACCAACAUUGGGGACAUAGUGUUGUGGGAUGUUAAUUCAGGGAAAAAAUUGCAUUCAAGAAAUUUUAUGGUUUGGAAUAUUGGAGCAUGCUCAAUGACAUUCAAGACAGCUAUGAUGAAAGAUCCAUGUAUGUCUGUUAAUCGGGUUGCUUGGAGCCCUACUGGUUCUCUCUUUGGGGUUGCAUAUUCAAAACAUAUUGUGCAAUUGUAUUCUUACCUUGGUGACACUGAUGUUCAGCAGAAGUUGGAGAUUGAUGCUCAUGUUGGAGGUGUUAAUGAUUUAGCAUUCUCUACACCUAAAAAGCAACUUAUGGUCAUAACUGGUGGUGAUGACAAGAUAAUUAAGGUGUGGGAUGCAAUUACUGGAGUACAAAUGCAUAAUUUUGAAGGCCAUGAGGCUCCUGUCUAUUCUCUCUGCCCUCAUUACAAGGAAGAUAUCCAUUUUAUCUUUUCAACAUCAGUGGAUGGCAAGAUAAAGGCAUGGUUAUAUGAUAACUUGAGAGCCAGAGUUCAUUUUGAUGCUCCAGGUCUGGCAUGCACAACAAUGGCAUAUAGUGCUGAUAGUAGAAGUGAACUCUUUCACAGGCUUUUCUCAUGUGGAACUAAUAAAAAUGGAGAGUCAUUUCUUGUUGAAUGGAAUGAAAGUGAAGGUGGUGCAAAAAGAACCUACCAAGGACUUUGCAAAAAUUCUUCCGCCAUUGUGCAGUUUGGUCUAACCAAGGACAAGUACUUGGCCGCUGCUGAUGACCAUGUUAUUAAAAUAUGGGAUAUGGAUAAGGUUGAGCUUUUGACAACUAUAGAUGUAGAAGGAGGCUUACCAGCAAACCCGCAUAUUCGCUUCAACAAGGAGGGCACCUUGUUGGCUGUUGCUGCAAACGAAAACAAAAUCAAGAUCUUGGCAACGGAUUUUGGUCUUCAGUUGCUGAAUGCUUUAGCAAAUGAUUUUGUUGAUAUGUCUUCAAAUGUCGCUGAUGCUUUGAGAAAGCUUGUAAUAAAUCCAAGUUCAACUGUUGCUAGCUCUGGAGAAGCUGAUGGACAAGUCCCAACUAAUUGCAAUGAAGAGAGCUUCAAGGAUGUGAACAAUAAAUUUAUGGACAAUAUCAAUAACAAAACACAUGUUUGGAAGAUUGUCCAAAUCAACAGACCUUCUCAGUGCCAGUCCUUACAACUCAGUGGUCAUGGGAAAGCAGAUAAGAUAUCAAGGCUGAUAUACACCAAUGCAGGUAAUGCCAUUUUGGCAUUAGCUUCAAAUGCCACUCAUUUGCUUUGGAAAUGGCCUCAGAAUGACCUCAAUUUGAGUGGAAAGGCUACAACCGAUGUUCCCCCUCAAUUGUGGCAACCAAGAAGCUGCUUACAACCAAUGACCAAUGACCUUACGGGCAGCAAGCUUGAAGAGGCUGUGCCUUGUUGGGCUCUGUCAAAGAAUGAUUCAUAUCUAUUGUCAGCAUCAGGAGGGACAAUUUCCCUGUUCAACAUGUUGACAUUUAAGACAAUGAUGUCUAUCAUGCCUCCAUCACCGGCAGCAACAAGUCUGGCGUUCCACCCUCAAGAUAACAACAUAGUUGCUAUUGGAAUCGAUGAUUGCACUAUAUUGAUAUAUAAUGUCCGUCUGACAAAGAUUAAAAGCAGGCUCAAGGGUCAUUCAGGAAAAGUCACUGGUCUUGCGUUCUCUAAUACCAUGAAUGUACUUGUUUCUUCUGGAGCAGAUACUCAGAUUGUUACGUGGAAUCCUGAUGGAUGGGAGAAAUGUAAAAGCAAAUCCUUGCAUUUGCCUGAUGAGAGAAUGCCAGUGGCGGAGUCAAAUACCCAGGUCCAGUUUCAUCUGGAUCAAGUACACUUCCUUGUUGUACAUGAGACCCAGCUUUCUAUUUAUGAAGCCCAAGACUUAACAUGUGUACAGCAGUGGGUUCCAGAAGAUUCCACAAGAAUUUCGCAAGCAACAUACUCAUGCGAUAGCCAGAUGGUAUAUGCCUGCUUUACCGAUGGAACCGUGGCAAUAUUCGGUGCUUCUGGUCUUGAACUAAAAUGCCAGAUCAUUCCCACCGCUUAUCUUCCUACCAGUGCAAGAUUAAACGUCGACGCCUUCGCUAUAGCCGCACAUCCCCAGAAAUCAACCCAAUUUGCAGUGGGACUGACAGACGGUGGAGUAAUCGUUUUGGAGCCUGGGAAACUCGAAAAUACAUGGUUUGUAGGUGAAAAUGGGUCUGCAAUUGCAAACAGCAUGCUCGAAGAAUGAAAAAUCUGGUUAAAUUUUGUAUAUAUUUUGAUAUUUGCGCUUGGGAUCCUAUGUUCGAGCGUUGCAAAUUAUUUAAAUGUUAAAAAUUUUUUACCAUAUGGUUUGGUUUGAUUUCCUCAAGGAAAAUAAUAAAAGAAAAAA